AUGUCUUCAGUAGAUGAGAAUGAGAAUAACACAGCGGUUGAAAAAACCAAAAGUCUUUCUAUGUUUUUGCAAAAAGUUGCCUACAACGCUCAGCUUUUUGUCAACUUUUAUAUUUUAAAACACCCAAAAAGUUUGCCUAAUGGACUAUUGAAACAAAACUUUUGGUAUAGCGUGUGUAGAGUGGUGUACCAAAAUUUAUCAGUUCAAAAUUUCCAAUCACAUUAUCCACCUACUCCCCAUCUCGCCGAAGUAUGGGAUGAGCUAAACGGUGUUGAAGGCGUCAACUUGACAGUUGAUAAAGAGAACUUCGAAAAUAUUAUUGCAAACUAUUUUAUAUACAUGAUCCGUCAAGCAUUUCAUAUAAAAAAUCGUUUACCAGCAUUUACUGUAACAAAGGCAACUCUAAAUAAUGCUCCAUUCAGCAUUAUGUCAGUUCUUAAGCACAUUCUGGAGAAAUAUGAAUUCUUAAUUGUGGAAGCACCGCUACCUGUUCCUGUCUCUCAAUUGCAAAUCAUCCCACAAGAACAGUCAGACGAGACUGAUCAAACAAAUAAAAGACCAAGAGAAAAGAAGAAAGUACUAAAAAACAACAACGACAACAACGGCGUAAAAAGAGAUUUCCAGCCGCCUCGUCUCUUCAGUCUAUUCCCGAACCCUGGCUCGCUUUGGUGUUUUGUUAAACUAGAUAGCCAAGAUUUGACUGGUGUGUUUCCGACAGCUUCAAUGGAACGGAUUUCUUUUUGCCGAAAGAGAUACGCAGAAUCUCCCGUGAAUGAAAUUGCUUUGGAGCUGCAAGAUUUCAAUAGUGAAGAAAUAGAUCGUUAUUUUAGACCUUGCACAGUAGAUCCCAACAGGAAAGAUGCUUUUGUGUCAUUUUAUGGUAACACAGAUGCUAGGCGGCUAUCAUCUGCAUAUGACAACAUGAAUAUAAGUACCAAUCGGCUGAAGUUGGAGCAAGACAGAAAAAAAGAACAAGGUGUGCAAACAAUCGAGACAAAUAUACCUUCUGUAAAGUCAGCAGGUGCAGAUAAAUAUAUUACGCAUGUGAAAUACAUGAUGCAACAUCAGGGCACGCUAUUUAAUUUUUACAAUUUUCAGACAGCAAGAGUCAAAUGGUGUAACUACAUCGGAAAACAGCGUGCCCUCCAGGAUGCUGUAAAUAUCCUAAUUAACGAAUCAAAGAAGUACAAUUAAGGACGACGGAAGAAAACAAAAAAAAAAAAAACAAGAGAAAAAGAAGCAAG